CCUUUGCAUUUUGAAACGAGUUGGCAACGCCAGCAUUGUGCAACGCGAAAACGGGAAGAAAAUACGUAUUUAAUUGCAUUUAGUGGAAAAAAGCGGCGAUAAUAAUGACUGUUAACAAGCGCGACGCGAGCGCAACGCGAUCGCGAUGCUUUUUCGACAUUUCACUGGGCGGUUUGGCCGUGGGCCGCAUUGUUUUCGAACUGUACGGCGAUGUGGCGCCGAAGACGGCGGAGAAUUUCCGGGCAUUGUGCACGGGCGAGAAGGGAAUCGGAUUGACCACCGGCAAGAAGCUCCACUACAAGGGGGUGAUCUUCCACCGCGUGGUCAAGGACUUCAUGGUCCAGGCGGGCGACUUCUCCGCGGGCAACGGCACCGGCGGCGAGUCGGUUUACGGCGGAACUUUCGAGGACGAAUGCUUUGACAAGAAGCACGAUCGCCCGUUCCUGCUGUCGAUGGCCAACCGUGGCAAGAACACCAAUGGAUCGCAGUUCUUUAUUACAACACAGCCUGCGCCACAUUUGGACAAUAUCCAUGUUGUAUUCGGACAAGUUAUAUCCGGUCAGGAGUUGGUGCGCCAAUUGGAGGAUCUGCCCGUCGAUCGGAACUCACGACCGCUGCAGGAUGCGGCCAUAGCCAACUGUGGGGAGUUGGUUAGACAGACAAAGGCCAAAAAGGAAAAGAAGCGGAAGCGGCGCUCCACCGCCACGGACGAUUCAAACGGCGAGGACAGUGAGGCUGAAGUGAAGGCCGAACGCAAGGAUAAAAAGAAGAAGCGUAGUCGCAAGGAAACCAAGUCAAGCGAUAGCGAAGACAAUGAAGCCAGACGUGGCAAUGGAAAGCAUGAGCAGAAUCCGCCGGACGAAGAUGAGGGCGAAGAGCGCGAAGAGGGCGAGCUCCAUCCACUGGUCACAGUUACCAAGAUAGAUCCUAACGAGAUACCAGAGGUAUCGAACAAAUUCCUAAUGCGCGGCGAGAGAUCAAGGUCCCGAGAUCGCGAGGAUCGUGAAGGUCGAGGACAGGAUCGCAAUCGCGAUCGUGGGAGAGAUCAGGAUCGAGACCGCAAUCGCAAUAACUUUGGCUGGUCAAAGAAGCAGGCGCCGCCGACAUCGCGUAGUGGUCGCAUUGUCAAAGGCCGUGGCGUGUUUCGUUUUCGCACACCAUCGCGCAGUCGGUCGCGGAGCACUACGCCACCGCAUUGGAAGCAUGCCCAGAAGCGCACCAUCAAGCUGUCUGACUUGGAGCGCCUCGAAGAGGAGAGCAAGAUGCGCGAGGAGGAGGUGAAGCGUCGCGAGCAUGAGCGAAAGCGCCGCCACGAGGAGGCCACCAAGAAUCCCAAGCAAUCCUUUUUCGAACUCUCCCAUGCCAGCACUUACGGCGGCAAGGUGACGCCAGAUAAAUUCUCUCCAGACCCGAAAACCAAGUCCAAAGAGACAUUCGAACGCGGCAAGCCCAAGGAUAAGGACAAGGACAAGGAGAGCGCCGGCGAUAAGGACAAGGCAAAGGAUGUGACUCCUCUCAAGCGCCGCAAGUCGAUGGACAUGAAUGCCUUGGACUACGAGCAGCAGACGGAAACCGAAGCCGAGUCGGAGGACGAAGAGCGUGAGCAGUUGAAGGUGAAGCCACCCAGCAAGCUGGAUGUCAAUGUGGAGCCAUCGUCCAGCAAGGAUAGGAACUCCAAGCGGGAGGAGAAGGCCAAGGCCAAGCGCAGUCGCUCGCGCAGCCCUCGCCGGAAUUCACCGCCUCGUCGUCAGCAGCGUUCGCCCGCCAGACGUCCUGGCCAGAAUCAAUCAGCCCAGAACCCGAAUCAAAAUCAGUUCAAUCGCGGCGGCGGCGGUGGCAAUCGCCGCAACCCGUUUGCGGACAGGGAUCGACGACGUCGUUCGCGUUCGCCGGAUAACGAGUACCGGAAUCGCUAUCCCUUGUCACCCAUCCGAGGAAGGGGCUCUCCCAGCGGCGACCGACGGCGUCAGCAGCGUUCCCGUAGUCAGGGCCGCAGGCAGGAUUCACCCAAGCACAAGCGUCAGGAGUCGUCGGGCAGAAGACGUCAGGACUCGCCGGUACGAAAGCGUCGCGACUCACCGGAAAGAAAGCGCGCCGAUUCCCAUGACAGAAGGCGGGAGGCUUCUCCCAACAAAAGGAUGCGUGAGGAGCGGGAUGAUUCGCCCAACAGUCGCAAUCGCAAGCGAGAAGAUUCGCAUGACAAAAAGACACAGGAGUCUACUCGCAAAGAACGAGAGGAUUCUGCAGGCAAAACACGUGAGGACAGUGCGAGCAGAAAGCGAAAGGAUUCGGACAGAAAGCGACAAGAUUCGCCGACCAAAAGACGUGAUUCGCGCCAGGAAUCGCCGGGCAAAAAGCGACAAGAUUCCCCAGUGAAAAAGCAGGAUUCACCGGGAAAAAAGCGUCAGGAUGUGCCGGUUAAAAAGCGUCAAGAAUCCGCUGACAGAAAGCGACAGGAUUCUCCAGUCAAAAGACAAGGUUCGAGGCGCAAGGAUUCGCCCGAAAGAAAGCGCAGGGAUUCGCCCGAGAGGAGACGCAAGGAAUCGCCUGCCAGAAGACGACAGGACGCUGCUGCGUCCGGCCGAAGGCGACAGGAGUCGGCGGGCAGAAGGCGCCGCGAUUCGUCCGGAAACAGACGCAGUCGCAGCCGCGGACGCCGGCACAGCUCCUCACGUAGUCGCAGUCCCUCAAAUAGUCGCUCCCGCGGCCGCCGCCGCUCGCGCAGUCCGCUGCCCAAACUGACCUCCGCCCUGCCCAUGGACGAGGAUCGCGAGAAGGCGGCCCGCGAGAAGAUGCAAAAGCGGGCGGAGGCCGCACUGCUGAUGAAGGAGCACAUGCGCAAGGAGAUCGCCAAGGCGGAGGAGCUGCGGCUGGAGAAGCAGCGCCACGAUGACCUCGAGGAGCGCCGGUCGGAGAAACAGCGCGAGGAUGAAAUGGACAAGGAGCGCACCACGCGCGAACUCAACGAACUCGAGCGCCUGAAGGCCGAGACUCUGAAGAAGCUGCAGGACGAGGAGCGAGUGGUUGCGGUGGCUGCUGUAGAUGAUUCAGCCGCCGGAAGCGAGGCAAAAACCGUUGCCAGCGCCACCCGAAGCAAACGCGAGUCCAGUGCGGAGGACCGACAUCGCGACAAGAAGCACAAGCAUAAAAAAUCAAAGAAGGCAUCCACACGCUCCGACUCCGACUAAAGUCAUCACUAAUCACUAACCAGACAGACAGAAGAUGAAUCCCCCAGAGCGGCAAACCGAGUUUUUGUUCCACUCAUUUUCAGACCCUUACACGGAAUUGCAAUGUAAAAAUCGCGCGACCCCCAAGUUUUGUAACUAAGUCCGUUUAAUAAAGGAAAACGUCAGUAUAA